AUGAUCUCGGUGCUAGUGGAGUCGUUCGAGCCCUUCCCGAGGCACCUCUGCCUCUCGCUGCCAUCCAAUGCCCUUGCGUCUGACGUCCUGCAGGGCUUCGAAAAGGCGCUUGGCCACAACUCGACCACAACAUUCGCCGCCACCCACCAUGGACGCCGACUCGCGCCCUCAUCGAGCUUGGGCAGCCUGUCGACGGGCGGGGAUGGCUUCCCUGUAGUGUUGCAAGUGCGAGCGCUGCUGCGUGGUGGCAAGGGAGGAUUCGGAUCGAUGCUGCGAUCGCAAGGUGGCAAGAUGUCGGCAAAUGCACGCAACACGAACAACGAUGCGUGUCGUGAUCUCAACGGCCGCCGUCUCGGUGUUCUAAAAGAGGCCAAGAAGCUCGCCGAGUACCUCGAGGGCGAGUCGGAACGCAAGCGCCAGAUGGACGAGGCGCAAAAGAAGAAGUACGCCAAGUUGGAGAGGAUGCUUGGACGCGCGCCUCGAAGCGAACGGGAUCUCGCCGAGGCUGCAGACAAGAUGAUGGAUGCUGGCGAGGACUUUGACGAUCGCAGCGUCAGCCCCGAGGCGGGUCCGAGCCGUCGUCCGGCGCCUCAAAGCGCAGCGACGGGCAGCAAGCGCAAGGAACGCAUCGAAGACUCGGAGUACAUCGAGCAGAGCCGCGAGAUCGUCGAGAAUGUACGCUCGGCGGUGGCCUCGGCCAUGAUGAAGAAGAAAAAGAAGCUCAACAAGGCACCGGGUAAGUCGUCGACCAAAGCCGCCUCGGGUUCCUCCCUCGCCGCAACUUCAUAA